GACAUCUUCGAAGCUGUGCACGCAUACGUUUGUUGCUCACGAGGAUAGAAACCACUUCUUAUAUCAAAGGUAACAUGGCAAAGAACAAGCAGAAAGGCAAAAAACAGAAGAACGUCUUCCAAGUGGCAAACAAGCAUUUGAAGAUUAAGACCAAAACCAAACCUGUCACAACAGCUCUCAGAAAUAUUAAUGCAGUGAAAAAGGACAAGGUGGAGAAGCUGAAUCAGAUGUUUACAGAAGUCCAGAACGAUGUGAAGAACGUGUCCAAGUCUGUUCCUCCUGAAUCAAAGAAACAAACACAGGUUGUCAAAGAGCCACCGAAGGAACCAGUAAACGUUGAUAACGCUGCUCAGCUGUUCUCUCAGCUUUAACGGAGCAAAAAGGAACAAUUGACUCAUUUUACUUCCAAAGGACCUUCUGGUUUCAAAUCGAAUGAGAAUAGCAGAUCUAGAAAAAAAGCUGCAGAAAUGACAUGAGGUUCAAACUCCAGCUCUUCACUGCAACCAAGACAGUUGUUUGAAGAUGGUUCUUGUUCUGUGUGCAAAGUGUUUGCUUUCUCUGGGCAACUCUGCCAAUAAAGAUUUUUAUUUUAACUGUAAA